AUGUAUGAUGAGCAUAAGUUGAAGUUGAAGAAAGAUUUGAGAGAAACUAAGGUUUGCCUCACUACUGAUACUUGGACAAGUGUCCAAAACUAUAAUUAUAUGAUGUCAACUGCCCAUUUCAUUGAUUGUGAGUGGAAAAUGCACAAGAGGGUUUUAAACUUUUGUGUGAUUUCAAAUCACCAAGGGCCAACAAUAGGGAAGCUCAUUGAAAAUUGUUUACUUGAGUGGGGGAUAGAAAAGGUUUUGGCUAUAACUGUGGAUAAUGUAUCUGCUAAUAAAGUUACUAUAAAUUGGGUUAGGUCAAAGUUGAAUAGAAGGGCGAAAGCAGAACCUAUUUUGCAAGGGAAGUAUCUACAUGUGAGAUAUCUUGCUCACAUCACAAACCUAAUUGUAGUUAGUGCCUUCAAAUAUAAAAAGGCUUUCGUAAGAAUGGGGGAGGAUAAGGACAACCUUUUCUUGGCUUACUUCAAGGAACCGGAACAUGAAGUUGAUGAUGAUGGUGUGGUUAUUAGCAAUACUAAGCAUAUUAAGGUUGGACUGCCAAGUGAAGAUGAUUGGGAGAAUGCUACUGUUUUUGUAAACAAUAGAAAAGAAAUUGAUAAAUUGUUUGUGUCACCUGAGAUGGCCACUAGUUCAGAAGCAGAAAAAGUGUUGGUUGAUAUGGCAAGCAAAAUGAGAGAAAAAUACAACAAAUACUUUGUCAAAUUUGAAGAUAUGAAUGUGUUGUUGGUUAUUGCUAUUGUUUUGGACCCUAGAUUCAAGCUUAGGCAUAUGACACAUCUGUUUAAGAAGGAGAAGUUUGAUGAUGCAGAAGUGGAAAAAAAAACCACAAAGAUAAAAGUGGUGUUGAUGUCUAUGUAUGAAGAGUAUGCACCUAGAUUGGAUUGUGGAAUUCACAUAAGAAGUGGAAAUGUGAAUUCUACUCCACAGACAGUGAAUGCAAAUUCACAAGAUGUUGAUGAUAUAAUGGAUGAUUGGAUAAAGGUGGUGGAAGAGAGUGAAUAG